UGCCCAUUUCAUUGAUCAGCCUUUCCUGAGCGGUAAAUCUCUUUCUUUGGAAGUAUCAUGCAAUCACUGUUUUGCAAACAAAACCUUUUUUUACAGUUUCCAUUUAUGGGAUACGAACAACCCAAUUAUAAAGAAAGAUUAACUGGAGAUUCCGGCGCUUGGUUACAUGUCAAUAGCACCUUCCCCAGCUUUUUGGAGCACAGAAAGAACUACCCAGCAGCGGCUACUUUCCCAACAACCUGCUUUAAGUCUCUGCCCUUUUCAUCAUUAGGAUCUUCAGUGUGGUGUUUGAACAAGCCUCUCAGAACAGUUGUGAGAAAUAAGCAUUUUUCUCUCCAUUUUUCAGAUAAGGAAACGGAGAUACGGAUCAUUUAAGUUACUUGACGCAGGUUCACAAGGGUGAUGCAUCUACAGCAGGAACAGAACCCAAAGUGCUUGGUUUCCACACUCAUACUCUGAUCACUUCACCGUGCUUCCAUGGCUUUAAAAAAACAAUAGCACAUCAGCAGCCAUUGCCCAGCCAAUUUUGUUUAAAUCACUGCUUCUCAGUUGGCGAUCUAAUCAGGACGGCAGUCAGGUCUGCUCUGCUCAUGACUCCUGCAGCGCUCAUCUCAACAGGAGGUGCAGCAUAAUGCACGUUUAUAAUGGAUGGUUGAAUCAAAAAUAAAGUUACUCCUCUACCACAACCCCAACUUCAAGAGGUAUUCUCCCCACCUGCUCAUCAACUGCAAUCGCCGUGCCGCCCUGAAGAGGAAAGCCACGGCUGCCCCUGCAACACAGGCGGAUCUGGAUGCAAAGUGCCCCAGCAGCAGCAGCUCAGGCAUCCAGCAUGGGCGGGGAGCAGAUGCUGGGCAGGAGAAGGACGGGAUGGAAAAAGCUGCAGAAGAAGACACGCAGACAGCAGCCCCCCCAGGGUCCCCUCUCCCAAAGCGCCAGGCAAAAGCCCCCCCCCAGGCUAGCGGUGCCCAUCCAGCCUCAUGCACGGAUGCUCCCUCCCUGCCAGGCUCCGCUGCAGAGGCAGCAGGCAGGGACAAUCAACAGCCUCCGGCCUCCCCCCAGCUGCCAGCACGCAGCAGCCAGAGCCCACCUGCCUCUCCUACUCCCACACGGUACCACUUUCUGCCUCUCAUGGGACCCGCCUUGCCACCUAUGCACCGAAACGCGGCAGCUGCGCGCUUUCCCGGGGCUGCCAGACCUCCCUUGCGUCCACUUGCAAGUCCCGGGCUGGCAGCAGCCUCUGCCACGGCCAUGCCAAAUCCACCCGACUGGCAGCCCUCAGCACCCCCACACUGCCCAACUUGCACCUGCGGCUCAGACAGGACAGCUGCAGGCGAUGGGCCGGCACCCUAGCGCAGGACCCACUAGGGAUAGCAGGGAGAGCGGCACCCACUUCCAGGUUCAGAGUUGUUCAGAGUUGUUCACAGUUCAUAGGCUGAUUGUUCUGAAAAGAGUUGUUUGCAUAAUAAACCUUUUACAGUU